GCUGUCAACAGUGUCAAAUACGUCAAAUUUGUUGUGUCGUGAGAGGUUAUACCAUUUUUGAGAAAAUAAUUAAAUAAAAUUAGAUUUACAAUUCAUAAUGAAUAGACAACUCUUAAAAGUUAUAAAUCCGUUAUCAAAUUUCACCCGUUCAAAGGGCUAUAGAGCUCCAGGUGGAAUUCGUUAUCCAGGAGGCAUAGUAUACUAUCCAAGACAACCAGAUCACAAAGAUCCUGAAUAUACACCUUCAAAGUUGUUCAGAGUAGAAAGGAUCAAAUCAACAAAAAACUUUCCAUGGUGGCAGAAAAAAAUUUUAGCUGACAUGAAAAUUCAUGAAGAGGGCAAAGUAACAAUAGUCAAAAACAUACCGGAAAACAAUAUGAGAUUGUGGAAAGUAAAACAUUUGAUUAAAGUGACUCCUAUUACUUUCCCAUAUGGAGAACCCACUAAAGAUGACAUCAAUUACACAAUCUUGAAAGAAAAUGGCCAGUGUAUAGUUAUGAAGACUUUGGAACCUGCACCUAAACAGAUUGAAGCAUUAGAGGAAUUCCACACAGAUGAAAAGAAAAUGGACUCAGAUACAAUAAAGAGAGAUUCUAGGUAUAAAUGGAAUAAUGCAUACAAUGGAGGAUUUUAAUUUAAUUGCUUUAGAUAUUUAAUAAAAUAUGUAGUGUUUAUAAGUUUUUUAUUUAUUAAUUUAUGGUGUAUUAAACAUACUACUUAUUCCCUAUUUAUAACUACAUACAUAAUUUAAUCAUCUUCAUCGGCACCUUUAACUCUUCUCUUGGUUAGUAAAUAGUUAAAAUAUUCAGGAGUUUUGAAAUAAUUUUCUAAUAAGAUAGCUUGUUUUGAUCCAAGUGAGAAUCUGGCAUCACUCCAAGACACUACUAAAGUUGGCUUGAGUUUCUUGAACUCGUUUAACUUAAAUUCGUGUUUAUUGAUCGUGUUGUACAUGUGGCCACGGAAAAC